UUUUUCUGUGAUGAAAACAGAAAUCCGUUGAGCUUACAUUUUUAUCAGUUGACCUGAUGAUGUGCUUUUUAAAAUUUCCGGAGUUCUUGCUGCAAUUUAUUCAUUUUUUUGUAUUAAAAAAUUGGUUUAAUGAUGGUCCGCUUAUUGAUGUGAUAUUUAUUACAUUCAUGAAAGUAUUUUCAAAAUUAAUAGAAUAUUUCAAAUUCGGUGAAAUGGAAAAAGAGAAAGAAACCGACGGAGUGUUUCAUCACGAUAUCGAUGAAAUUCCAGGAUCUAUUUAUCAGACCAUUUCAAAAUCAUCUCAAACUUUUAAAGCUCCUAAUAUAGAAGAUUUCGAAGUUCUUAAACCUAUCAGUCGAGGAGCUUUCGGGGAGGUCUAUUUGGGCAGAAAAACGAGCCACACUGAUGUAAUUUACGCUAUCAAAGUAAUGAAAAAAUCCGAAAUGAUAAAUAAAAAUAUGGUCUCGCAAGUUGUAAAUGAAAGAAAUGCUUUAGCACUGUCAAGAAGUCCGUUCUGUGUUCAGCUGUUUUAUUCGUUACAAACACCCACAAGAAUUUUUUUGGUUAUGGAAUACAUGGUUGGCGGAGAUUUAAAGUCAUUGCUGGGUGUUUAUACCUACUUCGAGGAGCAAAUGGCUGUUUUUUACUGUGCUGAAAUCAUAUUAGCUUUGCAAUAUUUGCAUCGACACGGCAUCAUACACCGAGAUUUGAAACCAGAUAAUAUUUUAAUAUCUGAAACUGGACAUUUAAAAUUAACAGAUUUUGGUUUAAGUCAAGUAACACUUCAUAGAGAUCUCGAGGUAUCCGAUCUAAUACAUAGAACUCCAGGCUGUGUGUUGAACGCUAGAACUCCUGGUCAAAUUUGCUCGUUAACAUCACACAUAUCUUUUGGAUCGUAUGAAAGAAUGCCUUUUGAUUCGCCUCUAGGUGAUGAGAAUAACUUAUCCGGUUUCCUGCCUUUUUAUUCAGCUGAUUCCAACCUAAAUGCAUCUUCUACGUAUGAAACAUGUGCCUCCUGUUCUAAAGAAAUAUCCAUGCCUUGCAAUUGUCAUUCCAAACUAAAACCACAAUACAAUGCAUCAUUAUUUACACCAUCGCCCUUAUCUACAACCAGAUCAUUCAAAAGACCUAAUUUGGAAAAUAGACCUUUAAAAAGAAAAAGACCAAUUGAUUUUUGUCACCCUGAACUCGCUUGUUCUUCACCAGUGAGUAGAAACAACACAGGUCUUACUCAAGAAGUUAAAUUAAUGGAUAUCACAAACACAAUUACUCCAGUUAGAGACCAAAACACACUUCCGCGCUGUACAGAGCCUUCUAACUUAAGUCCUUUGAGGAGUGUAUUGAAAAAAAAGAGGAUUUCUGCGGUAAAUAGAAAACCUACUGUCAUGUUUUCCACUCCAGUCAAUGCAGCGAAUAGUAUGACCUCUUGUGAUGCCAUUCUCAGUAAACAAACUAAUAUUAGCAAACAGAUAACGUCUAUAUCUUCGCCGUUGGAGGAUCCUCUAGUUAGUCCAAUUACGAAUAAUAGAACGCCUAAUACUAAUCGUACUCCUUAUCGUACCCCGAAAAUACUAAGAAGAGGAUUUAAACCAACCGACAGCAGGAUAUUAGGCACUCCUGAUUAUUUGGCGCCGGAAUUACUGUUGAGAACAGAACACGGCUCGGGAGUAGAUUGGUGGGCACUUGGUGUAUGCUUGUAUGAAAUGGUCACCGGCGUCCUGCCAUUUUGUGGAGAAACACCCCAAGAAGUGUUUGAAAAUAUACUGAAUCGAAGAUUAGAUUGGCCAGAAGGAGAUGAAGCAUUAUCGUCGGAAAUGGAAGCCGCGAUCAAUUCUCUGUUAACUUUGGAACCUGAAAAAAGAAAUACCGGCGCCGAUUUACGCGACAUGCCUUUAUUUCAUUAUAUAAGCUGGGAUAAUUUACUAUCCGUCGAGCCUCCAUUCAUUCCAAAACCUGAUUCGAUUGAUGAUACUUCAUAUUUCAAAGCGCGUUGCGAUAUGAAACAAAUAACAGUUACCAAUCUGAAACACCUCGAUAUGUAAUUCCUCUCCUUAUAGCCUGUUCUAUGUAAGUAGGUAUUUACUACUCAGCUGGUAUUUAUCAUUUUAUGAAAUUUUAUGUCGUAUUUUUACUGAUGAAUUAUUGUGUUAUAAUUUUAAAUUUUAAAAAUCGAAUAGUGUAUUAUUGAAAGAAUAAAUUCUUGAUUUUUAGAA